UUUCACACAGCACUGAACUGGGAAAACUUCUGUCUGACGUUCAUCUCAACACAUUUUCCUUCGCAUCUUCUGCUUGACAGAGACAACAGAAUGAGAUUUUACCUCAUAAUAACUUUGGCCCUGGCAACAAUAUGCCUUUUGGGGGACGGAGGACUGGGAGCCCCAACCAAAGCCAGGUAUAUGUGGGUGAAAUGCAAGCCGAAAGAUAACAAAGCAAACUGUGUAAGACAAACGGGCCCCUUGGUGCCCCUAACAGGGCAAAGCUCUCGACUUCCGCCUUCUGCUGCAAAACACAUAUUCCCUGUUAGCACAGAGGAAGCCACUCCUGAGAUGGAGGAGCAGUCAGGAGAGGGUUCAGGUAACUCAGACGCCUUCGCUCCUUUUAUUAGCAUGGAUCAGAAGUUGAUGAGAGAUGAGAGAAGUCCAGAGCAAGAAGUCAACAAGAAUGAAGAGGAGGGGUCAGCUGAGUUCAGUGGAGACUAUGCUAUACCUAAGGAAACAGAAUGGCUUUCUAAAGAGGUUUUGAAAGAAGAAAACAUUAUUGCAUAAAGGGCUACAUUAGAUCUCAUGUGCUUUUUCUUUUCUUAUUUUUUUUUUUUUUUGUACAAUGUGAAUCAUAAUGGAUGCUGCUUUGGUCACAGAUGUAAUUAAAACAUAUUCUAAAACUGUGGCAUGCUCUGCAAAAAUGUAUUGUAUUCCAGUUUGCAUUGUAACAAUCUUAACUUUUAUAUUAUUAUUUACUCUUAAUGUCCAGUGUGACCUUUGAUCCGCAUCAAAACGAUAAAUUGAUUUGGAAUGGAAAUAUUGCUACAUUAAACAGAGGCAACUUGAAUAAAGUGUUUGGAUAGCAAGAAGUAAAUUUUGUAAAAAUGCCGUAUUGUAUUUAUAAUACAUUCUGAACUUUAAAAAAAAUUACUUUUGAA